AUGUCUGCUGAAGCUCCCACCACCGCUCCUGUCGCUGAGCCCGUUGCCAACGCCAGCCCCGAGGUCAAUGGCGCCCCUGCUGAGGUCGCUCCCGAGGCUGCCGGCGAUGCUGCCAACAACCAGCCCCACUCUGCUUCCCUCUACGUCGGCGAGCUCGACCCCUCCGUGACUGAGGCUAUGCUCUACGAGCUUUUCUCUUCCAUCGGCCAGGUCGCUUCCAUCCGUGUCUGCCGUGAUGCCGUCACUCGUCGUUCCCUGGGCUACGCCUACGUCAACUACAACAACACCUCCGACGGUGAGCGUGCUCUCGAGGACUUGAACUACACCCUCAUCAAGGGCAAGCCUUGCCGUAUUAUGUGGUCCCAGCGUGACCCCGCUCUGCGCAAGACUGGUCAGGGCAACGUGUUCAUCAAGAACCUCGACAACGCCAUUGACAACAAGGCUCUCCACGACACCUUCGCUGCCUUCGGUAACAUUCUGUCCUGCAAGGUCGCCCAGGAUGAGUUUGCCAACUCCAAGGGUUACGGAUUCGUCCACUACGAGACUGCUGAGGCCGCCAACAACGCCAUCAAGCACGUCAACGGCAUGCUGCUGAACGACAAGAAGGUCUUUGUCGGCCACCACAUCUCCAAGAAGGACCGCCAGAGCAAGUUCGAGGAAAUGAAGGCCAACUUCACCAACAUCUACAUCAAGAACAUCGAUCUCGAGAUCACCGAUGAUGAGUUCCGCAUCAUGUUCGAGAAGUUCGGAGAUAUCACCUCCGCCACCCUUAGCCACGACCAGGACGGUAAGUCCCGCGGCUUCGGUUUCGUCAACUACGCCAACCACGAGAGUGCUGAGGCCGCCGUUGCCGAAAUGAACGAGAAGGACGUCAAGACCCAGAAGCUCUACGUUGGCCGUGCCCAGAAGAAGCAUGAGCGUGAGGAGGAGCUGCGCAAGCAGUACGAGGCUGCCCGCAUGGAGAAGGCUUCCAAGUACCAGGGUGUCAACCUCUACGUCAAGAACCUGACCGACGACAUUGAUGAUGAGAAGCUCCGCGAUCUCUUCACUCCUUACGGUACCAUCACCUCCGCUAAGGUCAUGCGCGACUCUGCUGAGCGCUCUCCUUCCCCCUCCGAGGACAAGGAAGAGGACAAGGAGAACCAGGACUCCGAGGAGAAGCCCGAGGAGACCAAGACCGAAGAGAAGACCGAAGAGAAGACCGAAGAGAAGACCGAGGAGAAGACUGAGGAGGACGAGUCCUCCGAGGACAAGUCCGAGAAGAAGGGCCUCGGCAAGAGCAAGGGCUUCGGUUUCGUUUGCUUCAGCAGCCCCGAUGAGGCCUCCAAGGCCGUCACUGAGAUGAACCAGCGCAUGAUCAACGCUAAGCCCCUCUACGUUGCUCUCGCCCAGCGCAAGGAUGUCCGCCGCAGCCAGCUCGAGGCCAGCAUCCAGGCUCGCAACACCAUCCGCCAGCAGCAGGCUGCCGCCGCCGCCGGUAUGCCCCAGCCUUACAUGCAGCCCGCCGUCUUCUACGGUCCCGGCCAGCAGGGCUUCAUGCCUCCUAACCAGCGUGGCGGUAUGCCUUUCGCUCCCCAGCCUGGUAUGCCCAUGCCCGGUAUGCCCGCUGGCCGCCCUGGCCAAUACCCUCCCUUCCCUCAGCAGGGUGGCCGCGGCAUGGUUCCCGGUCAGCCCAUCCCCCCUAACUUCCAGGGUAUGCCCAUGGGCAUGCAAGGCCCCGGCGGUGUCCCCAACGGCAUGGGUUACCCCAUGGGCCAGCAGUUCGGUCGUGGCGCUGGUGGCCGCGGUGUUCCCGGUAUGCCCAUGAACAUGCGUGGUGGUCCCGGAUUCGGCCGUGGCGGUCCCUCAAUGGGCCGUGGUCAGGGUCGCGGUCAGCCCGCCCCUGGUGGUCAGCCCGCUGGCGAGUCUGCCUCCUCAAACCCCGCUCUCCUUGCCGCUCCUCCCGCCCAGCAGAAGCAGAUGCUCGGUGAGGCUCUUUACCCCAAGAUCCAGGCCCAGCAGCCCGAGCUUGCUGGCAAGAUCACUGGUAUGCUUCUUGAGAUGGACAACUCUGAGCUUCUUGGCCUGCUUGAUGAUGAGGAGGCUCUCCGCGGCAAGGUCGAUGAGGCCCUUAACGUCUAUGAUGAGUACAUGAAGAACAAGGGUACCGAGGGUGAGGCCACUGAGCCCAAGGCUCAGGAAGCCCCCAAGGAGGCUGCUACUGAGGAGAACAAGUCUUAA